AUGCAAGAGCCAGAGGAUCGACAUACCGGGCGCUUCGCGAUGCUGGCAUUCGGCAUCCUCGGCGCGCUCUACGUUGCGACAGCAGCGCAGCACAUCAUCGGGACGGACAACGGCGAGUUUGUCUUACUCUCCGAAUUGGGCGGUGUGGCGCACUCGCCGGGGUAUCCAAGCUACGUGCUCUAUCUGCGCGCGAUGUCCUGGAUACCAGGCGCGAGCGCCGCACAUAGCGCGGCGCUCGCCACGGCGCUGCUCGGUUGGCUCGCGAGCGUCACGCUCUGGUUCGCCUCGCGCGCCUGGGGCGCUGGCAGCAAGGCCGCGCUCGCGGCGGCGUGUCUUUUUGGCCUGAACACCGAGGUCUGGCUCGUCUCGACCCACGCCGAGGCGUUCGCCCCGAACGCCUUGCUCGCCGCGCUCAUCCUCCUCUUCUCGGCCCCAGAUGCGCCGCUGAAGGCCAUCAAGCGCGUCGCAUUGCUAGGGCUUAUCGCGGGGCUCGCCAUCAGCAAUCACCACAGCGCCGUGUUGAUGGCGCCCGUCGGGUUGUAUGGCGUCGCGCAGGGGAUAAACGAGGCAAGGCAGCGUGCGUGGCUCUCACUGCUGGUGGGCGCCGGUGCACUGAUUUCAGGCCUGCUCCCCUACGCGACCUUCCCGCUUUAUGACCCCUCGAGCGCGUUCGUAUGGGGUGAUUUCCAGACCUCAGCGCAGGUGCUCUCGCACUUCUUGAGAGAGGAGUAUGGCACUGGAAAGCUCGGCCCCGGCGGAGCACCCGCGCCGCUGCUCCAUAUCCCAUUCUUUAUCUCGGAGGUGAUCUCGGCCUCGCUCGUCGCUGGAGCGUUAUCGAUCGCGCUCGGCUUCCUCGCGCUCCGAACGCGCGAGCAGACCUCGCGCAUCGGCAUCGCCUGCCUGGUGGGGACCUUCCUGCUGUGUGGACCGAUCUUUAUCGGAUUAUUCAACCUCGAGCUGACCGCGACAACCCAUGAUGUGAUCAAGCGCUUCCACGUCCUCCCCAUGGUGCCCGCGAGCAUCCUCGCGGCGUGGGGCAUCGACAUGGCGUUCGAGCGAGGCUGGCUCACGAACAAGAGGAUGCUCGCGGCCAUGCUCGCGCUAUUUAUCACAGGAAGUGUGCUGGGGAUUCGACAUACACGAAGCCGUUACACUCCUGCGAUGGAGCUCUACGCGGAGCAUGUGCUCGCCACAGCCCCAAAAGACGCCGUGAUCCUUGGCACGGGCACGCAUCGCUUCCUCCUGAUGGAGGUCGCGCGGCGUCUCGACAAACAGCGCCCUGACAUCCUCUUUCUCGAGAUGCAUAUGCUCGGGCGCGACUGGUAUGUCGAGCGCAUAAAAAGCCGAAGCGGGCUCGAUAUUCCAUUUUUGAAUAGAGACCCCAAAACCGGCGCCGCGAGGAUCGAUACCCCGAGGUUGAGGGCUGUGUUGGAACAGAGCGGGAGACCGUUCUUUUUGACGGAUCGUUUCGCGCCAAACCGCUUCACAUCUGACGAACUCACGCCGCACGGUGUCCUCUGGCGUGUUGGCCCAAGCACCACCCCGGCGCCAGAACUCGUCGCCGCGAACAGGGCGCGCUUCGAGUCACUCUCCCUGCCUGUCCCCAUGCCCACUGCCGAGAGCGACGGUUGGUCAUGGACGCUGUACGUGGAGUAUGGCCAGCUCUGGGCAAACCUCGAGAUCCUGCGCGCGUUGCGCGAGCGCGGGUUCGCCGUCACGGUCGCCACCCGCCACCCCUUCGCGCCAGCGAUGACGCGCAUCGACCUGCUCGAUCCCGAGACAUUCUCGGGCGCCGAUAACUUCGACGUGGUGAUCGACGCGGCCGACGCGCUGAUGGCGCCUCCAGACGAGCUGAUCGCCUACUGCCUGGAGCAAGGACAUCUGUUUAUCGAGACGACCUCCGACCCGGAGACCAUCGAACGCCUGACGGAUCGUUUUCAUGGAACACACGAGGAGCACGCUGGCGUGCUUGUUCUCGGCGCAGGCAUCUUCACGGGAUUGAGCAACCUCGUGGGAGCAGCCGCGAUAAGACAGCUCUCCACCAACACCACCUCAUCGAUCGAAGGCGGAAAGCUCGAGCUCGGGAUUCGCGUCAGCCCGCUCUCGCGCGGUGGCCAGGGUAUGGUCAAGUUGAUCCCUCAUUUGCUCGCGCUCGAGACCAUUCGCUACGAGCAUGGCGAGAGGGUCGCAGAACAGGGCAUCAGCAAGGGCCCGAGGCUCCCCUUUUACGAAAAGCCACAUGGCACUGUCGCCCUCCCGCUCGCGGAACCUCCGAUGUUGGCAGCGAGCACCGGCGUCGAGAACAUCGCGUGCUACAUGUCGCCAGCGCCCUCGAUCCUGCGCUUUGCGUUCCUGCUCACGCCCGCAUUUAUCCUGACGAGCCGACCAUUCACGCUGUUGCUCCUGCUCUGGUUCACGAUUCUGCGCAGGCUGCUCCUGCGUUGGCGAAGCUCUCCGGUCGAAAUCACAGCGAGGGCGACCUCGGAGUCGGGCCAGACACACGUCGUGAAGUUGCGCGCAGAGGAUGGGAUGCAGAGCGCCGGAGAUGCGGUCGCGCUGCUUGUCGAAGACCUCGCGAGAGCGACCCCCGAGGCGGGCGUCUACAUGAUCGACGAGGUCACGCAGCUCGACGCGAUCGCCUCGAGCAUGCCAGGCGUGAAGUUUGCGACAGAAUAG